AUGACAGCGCACUCAGACGCCAACACGCUCAUCGUCGGUGCACAAGGCCGUUCAACCGCUGUGACCCUCACCGGAGAUUCCUUGCUUGUACAGAGAAAUGCAGACAAGCGCUGGCCCCGUGUGGAGAGCAAUGCAUACCAUGUCCUAUGGGCCGAGCUCAAGGGAGGACUAUUUAACCUUUCGUUCCUCGCAAGGCGAAGUGCAGAAUCUCCUCUCGCCCUCGUGCAUGUCUCGGGCAACGUGCGGAUUGAUGCCCUUGAGCGCACAGCAUCGUUCGCGACAAGGCUGAUGGACAAGGCGUAUGCGGGACUCAAACGGCACAAGAAGCUCAAGGUCCUAGUCAACCCCAAGAGCGGGCCGGGCAACGGGAUUGCGCAUUACAAUGAACGCAUCGAACCAGUGUUUCAUGCGGCGCGGUGUAUUGUUGAUUCAACUUUCACGAGCUAUGGCGGACAUGCCCAAGAACUCAUGAGGGAGCUUGACCUGGAUCAAUACGAUGCCAUUGUAGUGGUCUCCGGAGAUGGCUCGAUUCAUGAAGUCAUCAACGGGUUUGCAGAACACAGAGAUCCAGAACAAGCCUUCCGCAUCCCCAUCGCACCUGUGCCGAGCGGGUCAGGGAACGGUCUUUCGUUGAAUAUCCUGGGAGUCCAGGACGGGUAUGACGUGUAUGCGGGUGCCCUGAAUGCUAUCAAGGGCCGUCCGAUGCACAUUGAUUUGAUGUCCGUCACGCAGAACGGUCAGAGAUCGUUCUCAUUCAUGUCACAAACCGUCGGCCUCUUCGCCGACCUGGACCUCGGCACGGAGUGGAUGCGUUGCUUGGGCUCACAGCGUUUUGUACUCGGGUACAUCUUCGGAAUUCUUCGGAAAACACGCUGUCCGGUGCAGCUUUCUCUGAAGGUCGUUGAGAGCGACAAGCGCAAAAUGGCACAAGACCUCAACACAUAUCGCGCCAGCGCCAAGGCACAAUACGCGCAGCACUCCCCGAUAUCUCCGUCCGCACAGGCACCCACGCCAUGGACAGCGACGUCGGGCUAUGCGUCCACGAUCGGCGGGACGACCGUCAACUCGACGACACCCCUGGAGCCGAAACGCCCGUCACCGGUGUCGGAGCUGGAUGCGGACGGCUGGGUCACGUUCACGAAGCCGCUGUCCUAUGUGUACGCGGGGAAGGGCCCGUAUGUGUCGAAGGACCUGAUGCAGUUCCCGGUGUCAAUACCGGACGACGGGUUGAUUGAUGUCGUCGCGCAGGAGCUUACUACCCGGAAAGCAAUGAUCGACGCCAUGGAAGGCUCCGAACACGGCGACCAAUACUGGAUGGACACACAACAUUACUUCCGCGCGGCCGCCUACCGCAUCGAACCGUACAAGGCUUCCGGCUGCUUCUCCGUCGACGGCGAGGGCUACCCCUUUGCGAGCUUCGAGGUCGAGUGCCAUCGCGGGAUGGCGACCGUGCUUAGCCCGUAUGGCUACUACCAGGCCGAGUUUUAUCUCCCCGAGGACGCGCCGCGCAAGUGA